GCGGGGGGCGCGCGGCUCCGGGCGCGGCGCCUGCACCAUGAACUACCAGCAGCAGCUGGCCAACUCGGCUGCCAUCCGGGCCGAGAUCCAGCGCUUCGAGUCGGUCCACCCCAACAUCUACUCCAUCUACGAGCUGUUGGAGCGCGUGGAGGAGCCGGUGCUGCAGAACCAAAUCCGGGAGCACGUCAUCGCCAUCGAAGAUGCCUUCGUGAACAGCCAGGAAUGGACAUUGAGUCGAUCCGUCCCGGAGCUCAAAGUGGGCAUUGUGGGUAACUUGGCCAGCGGCAAGUCGGCCCUGGUCCACCGCUAUCUGACCGGCACGUAUGUCCAGGAGGAGUCUCCCGAAGGUGGCAGGUUCAAGAAAGAGAUCGUCGUCGACGGACAAAGCUAUCUGCUGCUGAUCCGAGAUGAAGGCGGCCCCCCGGAGGCCCAGUUUGCCAUGUGGGUGGACGCCGUCAUAUUUGUCUUCAGCUUGGAGGACGAGAUCAGCUUCCAGACCGUCUACCACUACUACAGCCGCAUGGCCAACUACCGCAACACAAGCGAGGUCCCGCUGGUCCUGGUGGGGACCCAGGACGCCAUCAGCUCCACCAACCCGCGGGUCAUCGACGACGCACGGGCGCGGAAGCUCUCCAGCGACCUCAAGAGGUGCACGUACUACGAGACGUGCGCCACCUACGGGCUGAACGUGGAGCGCGUCUUCCAGGACGUUGCCCAGAAGAUUGUUGCCACGAGGAAGAAGCAGCAGCUGUCCAUAGGUCCCUGCAAGUCCCUCCCCAACUCGCCCAGCCACUCGUCUGUCUGCUCCGCACAGGUGUCCGCCGUACACAUCAGCCAGACGAGUAACGGGGGCGGGAGCCUGAGCGACUACUCCUCCUCCGUGCCGUCCACGCCGAGCACCAGCCAGAAGGAGCUCCGCAUCGACGUGCCGCCCGCGGCCAACACACCCACGCCUGUCCGCAAGCAGUCCAAGCGCCGGUCCAACCUCUUCACUUCUCGGAAAGGGAGUGACCCAGACAAAGAGAAGAAAGGCCUGGAGAGUCGAGCGGACAGCAUCGGGAGCGGUCGAGCCAUCCCAAUUAAACAGGGCAUGCUGCUGAAGCGCAGUGGCAAGUCGUUAAACAAGGAAUGGAAGAAGAAGUACGUCACCCUAUGUGACAACGGGGUGCUGACCUACCACCCGAGUUUACACGAUUACAUGCAGAAUGUUCACGGUAAAGAGAUUGAUCUUCUGAGAACCACUGUGAAAGUCCCAGGGAAGAGGCCCCCCCGAGCCACGUCGGCCUGCGCACCCAUCUCCAGCCCAAAAACCAACGGCCUGUCCAAGGACAUGAGCAGCUUGCACAUUUCACCAAAUUCAGGGAAUGUCACUAGUGCGCCUGGGUCUCAGAUGGCGAGCGGCGUCAGCCUGGGCUCCUUCAACAGCCGAGCGGACGGCAUGCAGCAGCGGUCCUACUCUGUCUCCAGUGCCGACCAGUGGAGCGAGGCUACGGUCAUUGCAAAUUCAGCCGUCAGCAGUGACACGGGGCUGGGUGACCCCCUGUGCUCAAGCCCCAGCAUUUCCAGCACCGCCAGCCCCAAGCUCGACCCGCCCCCCUCCCCUCACGCCAACAGAAAGAAGCAUCGGAGGAAGAAAAGCACGAGCAACUUCAAAGCCGACGGCCUCUCCGGCACCGCUGACGAGCAAGAAGAAAACUUUGAGUUUAUCAUUGUGUCCCUCACUGGCCAGACGUGGCACUUUGAAGCCACCACAUACGAGGAGCGAGAUGCGUGGGUCCAGGCCAUUGAGAGCCAAAUCCUCGCCAGCUUGCAGUCAUGCGAGAGCAGCAAGAACAAGUCCCGGCUGACCAGCCAGAGUGAGGCCAUGGCCUUACAGUCGAUACGGAACAUCCGCGGGAACUCCCACUGCGUGGACUGCGAGACCCAGAAUCCCAACUGGGCCAGUCUGAACUUGGGAGCCCUCAUGUGUAUCGAGUGCUCAGGGAUCCACCGGAAUCUCGGCACCCACCUCUCUCGAGUCCGGUCUCUGGACCUCGACGACUGGCCCAUUGAGCUCAUCAAGGUGAUGUCGUCCAUCGGGAACGAGCUGGCCAACAGUGUCUGGGAGGAGAGCACCCAGGGGCGGACGAAGCCCUCGCUGGACUCCACAAGGGAGGAGAAGGAGCGGUGGAUCCGGGCCAAGUACGAGCAGAAGCUCUUCCUGGCCCCGCUGCCCUGCACGGAGCUAUCCCUGGGCCAGCACCUGCUGCGGGCCACGGCCGACGAGGACCUGCGGACGGUCAUCCUGCUGCUGGCGCACGGCUCCCGGGACGAGGUGAACGAAACCUGCGGGGAGGCUGACGGCCGGACGGCGCUGCACCUGGCCUGCCGGAAGGGCAACGUGGUCCUGGCCCAGCUGCUCAUCUGGUACGGCGUGGACGUGAUGGCCCGCGACGCGCACGGGAACACGGCGCUGGCCUACGCGCGGCAGGCCUCCAGCCAGGAGUGCACCGAGGUCCUUCUGCAAUACGGCUGCCCCGACGAGCGCUUCGCGCUCAUGGCCACCCCCAACCUGUCCCGGAAGAACACUAACCGCAACAACAGCGGCGGGAGGGUGCCCACCGUCAUCUGAGGACCGCGGUGUGCCCGCAGCCUCCCACGCGCGCCCUGGGGAGUCACCCACGUGAGUCCCGUCGGGUCCCCCUCACUUCUGGUGGUCCCCGGCCACGCACCCCCACCCCUCUCCCCCCACCUCACCCCCAGCGAAAUCACAAAACCCAGACGGCCCUCGAGGGGCGCGAAGAGGCUGCAGCGUUGAUUCCUUUGCAUAGACUCCCCCUCAUCGACAACACAGGAGCGGCCGGAGGGCCUGGGUUCUUGAUGGUAGCACACCGGCGCCGGGACAUCCGGCGGCGGAGAAGACGCGCAGGGCACAAGGGGCGGUGGGGGGGCGCGCGGGGGGUGGGGUGGGGGAGGGCGACGCAGCCAGCAGGAAGGGGGUGACUCUCCUUAACUGGCAGUUAAGCACAUCAGUACAUUUCACCUCUACCAAACGGAACACUUGGAUUUCAUCUCUUCUCCGAGGAGCUUGACGGCAUAAAUCAGAAGCAAGCAGAGUUUGUCAGGUUUGAAGCCCCUAUGAUGGUAUGUGUCAAAUCAGUUGUAGCUAAUCUGUCCAGGGAGGAUACUGGCUUCAUUACGCUCGUGUAGUUGAGUUCUUCCAGCAUUACCGCUGCUUAAUAGAACAUGAUUACUCAUCACCGGGAAGAAAGCGUAUUAGCGGCGGAGGUAGUUACACAGCACGCUCGGGUGAUUGCCACGAUGUGAUCGCAAUACUCUGAGAAGCCGCGUAUUAUCCCAGACAUGUUCUCCCAAGCCCUUGGAGCCCUCCUUUCUAAAUUCACUGUCAUAAUUUAGUAUCUGUUUAAUUUUUCAGUCCAAAGAGAGGAAAUCAGUUGCUGAGUAUUAUUUGACUGCAGUCUCCUUGGUGCAAAACAAAAUGGAAAAAAAUAAAUAAGAGUGACUUGGAAUUUCAAAAGGAAACCACGAAUUCCGCUAACCACAACAUUUCAAGCACAUUUUAGUAAACUCAGUAAAUGUGUAAAAGGCUAAUUUUUUUUUUUUUUUUGCCCAAACCAGAGAGAUAUUUUGUGUCCUCCUGCCAAGGUGGGUGUCUUGGGGUCUCAGUCACUCCGGGGCCCACGCGGCCCAAGUCACGCAGGCCUCUGUAUUCUGUCUUUAGAUGAGAUGUGUUGAAAAUCUAUUUGAAUAAAAGAAGUUCAUAAAUAUGCAUUGAUUUUUGUACAGACAAAUGGCACCUCUGUUAAUUUAUAAAUUGAACUGGAUGUGAACUAAUAAUAUGCAACUAGUUGAGACAAGAGGGUUACAGAUCACUGUACAUGGGAAAUGUUCCCAGCAGUAAACACUUCCAUUAAUGUGAUAUACAGCUUUCAAAAAGGAGCACAUCAGAAUAAGACGGUGGUACCAUUUGCUUAUUAAAAUCAGGAAAGGGGAGAAAGAAAAAAAAAGCAAGCAUAUUGGGGGGAAGAGGCCCGUGACUGCUCAUUACUGAAAGCACGACUGCUCUCCGACGCUGCUUUUGCUAACUGCGAGGAAGCGCUGUGUUCAGACACGGGGGACUCUCCAAACCCCAGACCCUAGCGCUUUGCAAAGGUCCACCCUGACCACCGCUGCCAAUGUGGGGGCACAGACUGACUCAUGAGACUCCCUAAGACUUUUUUUGUCUUUUUUUAAACCUGGUGGCCAGGCCCAUCAUUUCAGUACGUCACCCGAUUUGCCGUCAUCGUGGUUUCUGGCUGCUUCAGACUUCGGCCGCCUCCAGCAUGGUGGCCAGACAUAACCAGGUGGCGACACCGUAGGUUACAGAAAGGGGCCAACUGUGCCUUGAGCCCCUUGGUGGUAGGAUGGGGAUUCGGGGUGUCCCCUUGAAGGAUAGCACAGGAUUGGCAGCACCAAAACAGAGGACCACACUCCCCGGCUGCCCCCGGGGAAGUCCCUUGCUCUCAUAUAUGAAACCUUCUAUUUUGUAAGAGUUUUUCCUCUUCUUUGACUUUUUAAAAAACAAAAAAAAAAUUAAAAGUAGGUGGGGGGAAAAAAAAUAAAGCUUUACACAGUUUUUCCGUGGGUCAGUGUUUCACGGGCAUCUCUCACCUGCACGCAGCUCGGUGGAAUCCGGCCGUUUCCCAGGAUAAACAGGUGCACAAGCCUCCGGCCUGGGAACCUUGAGGACAGGGCCAUAAUCCCUCCGCCCGGUUUUUAAUUCUGUGUUUCAUCACUGUGUGGUUAUUUUAAAUGUGAAUAGAGGGGGAAAAAAAAAGUCCUUCCUAUUUUUGAAGAACGCAUUACUGUUCUAAUCCAGCCACACCCAUUGCCCCCCCACCUUAGCAUAGACGUUAUUAUGUAGUGAACGCAGAUAGAGUAUAAACAAAAUUAUUAAAUUAUUUCAUUGUAGUUACUUCCCAUCAUAGGAAUGCUUUAUCAUAGUGAAGCCUUCUUUUGAAAAGAAAUGAAAUUCCUUGUAAGGCUUCUCUUUGGGAUGUAUAUGAGUGUGUACAGAUUAUUAGAUGUGUUUAUAAUAUAAUAUUUUCCCAGAUGACUUCUUUUUUCACUUAGCCUUUCACGACCGGUAUGCUACGCUGGUUUCUUCCCUUCCCUCCCUCCAGCGCUGGGGCUUCGUUGAUUCCUCCCUAGAAAAGGCGACCUCUUUCCUGCUAUUUUUAGCAAUGGUGAUGUGCUCCAGGAGGCAGCCUGCUAAAUUUUGAGCCCAAGUUUUGGCAACAGAGAGAAGGUGGUAGUGGGUUUCAAGGGUUUUAUUUUAAAAGAAAGAUGGCUCAUCUGUGUUUCAGUGUCAAACUAGAAACCCUUUCUCUGCUGACAGUGUUCUCAUUCCCAUCGUAAAGCCUUACUGACACCAAGGCCAGAGAAGCAAGGACGCAGGGCCUGCGGUAGACAUAACCAGUUUGGGAAGGGAGUCGCGUUUUCAUGGCUUAUUUUCAUGUAAGUUCAGGGACAUGACAAUGACCCAGGGAGUUACCGCUGUAGAAUCCAUGUAACCUUUUCUAUUCAGAAUUUAAAAUUUUUCCUUGACCAGGAACCCACUGGCCGGGGAAGGCAUGUGGUCAGGUGGCCACUCACAAGGGCCCCUGGGGGUGUCACAGACUUCUCUGGAUUUCUCUGGUGGCCAGGGAAGCCUGCAGAGAAAGGAGCCUUGAUUUCUGCCGGCGCGCGGGUGCACCUUGAAUACUAGGGUAGACAGAUGGAUGGUUCCCCAGGACAGGGUCCCAGGUCCCCCCUCUCGUCCCCUGUCUUCCCCAGGAGAUGAAUGGUGAGCGUCACGGUCAUGAGUCUUUGAUCCCAGAAGCAGGUGCAGCCCCCUGUUCCCCCAGGAAGCCUCCCCGCAGUGUGGAAUCACCCAGAAAGCAGGUGAGGGCAGUGGGUGCUUGCUGACCGUGGGGCCCUCGGGUGCAAGAGAGAGUAGCUCUUCCUACGUUCCUAGGGCUUGCGAUCCUUCCAUCAGCCCCUUUCCUGCGGGGCCCCGGGCCGUGGCUGUGACCCUAGCUGGCUCCUCCACUGGGGUUCUGUGCAGCCUGAAGCGGUCUGCUGGCAGCCGGCCUCGGCCUCCAUCAUCACCUGGGGGCCUCCCACUUGUGUGCCACCCCCGCACGUCCAGCGUCAUGCCCCGGUGCUUGCAAAGGAGCUGUCACCGCUUCAUUAGGGAGCAGUCCAAUGAGAAAGUCAGCCCCAGGGCUGAGCAGACCUGGGUUCACCUGGCCUCGCCGCCCUGCCCUGAGCAGCUUCCAGCUUCCCCGGGUCCUUCAGCAGCAGUGAAACCCAGUGGCCUUGCAGGGUGUGGGUCCCAUGUGAUGAGUGCCAGCCCGACGCCCAGCCAGGGGCUGGCUGCUUAGGACACGUGGGUGUUUAUUAAGAACAGGACGCAGACGGGACAGGAACCCCACCUCCCCACCCCCCGAGCUGGCCACACGGCCACGAGCCAGUGUCCCCGGGAGUUGGCCGCAGAGCCCGUUUGCCGGACCCUCUCGUCCAGCGCCCCUGUCCCUGCAGAGCCCAUCAGUGCCCCUUUCCAUUCAUGCAUCAGAGGAGGGAGCUGGGCUCUGACGGCUGCCCUCCCAGGAGUGAGCCCACCCUGCCCUGCACCCUCAACCCACCCACUGAAGUGCACCCUCCACUUCCUCUGAGUUCGCAUUUCUAGGGAAGGACAGCUGGGGGUCUCCCUCAUGCCAUUCACUCCCGCUGCUUCAGGCCGCGACCACCCCUCUCUCUUGCCCCACUCUCCACCACAUUGUUGAUGCCGCAGGCCUCCCCCCUGCAGAUGCCUCCUCUGGCACCCAGAGGCGGCUGGACGCUCUCAUGUUCAGACCCUGUUCAGAGUCUUUGCCCUCAGUUCAGUCCACUCACUCAGUCAUGUCCUACUCUGUGACCCCAGGGAGUGCAGCACGCCAGGCCCCCCUGUCCAUCCCCAGCUCCUGGAAAACUUGCUUUAAACUCAUGUCCAUCAAGUCGGCGAUGCCAUCCAACCUUCUGGUCCUCUGUCGUCCCCUCCUCCCGCCUUCGAUCUUGCCCAGCAUCCAAGCCUUUGCCCCACUUCCCUUUAGAGCUUCUUACAGGGCACCCUGGGUUGGCAAGAUAGGGCUCCACUGUCUGCCUCCCUCCUUCUAUCCCCCGCCCCCCCCCCCCCCCCAAAGCCUUCUUCUCCCUUUCUCUCUCUCCUCUGUCCCUCCCUGAGCCUGUGUGCUUGGUCUGUGAGCACCCACCCUGCGGGAGCUCGCUUCCUUCUCAGGGGUGCCACUCGCCUUGUCCCACGCCUGUCCGUGGUGGUCACCUCCUUCCCCUUCAGAGUGGGCCCCGCUUCCUGCCCGACCAAACCCCCCAGCCCGAGCUGUGCUCCUGGGGGUGACGUGGGCUCCUGUGGCUCCAACCCCGCCGGUCCUUUCUCCUUGCAUGUAGAAUGUUCUGGAAGCAAGAGGGGGCGCGCCGCCUUCCCGCCUGGGUUGGCGCGUAAGCCGAGUCGCACUGGAGGGCGUCUGUGAGCAAGCCGGGCCGGGUCUCAGAAGCUGCUCAGAAAGCACAGACGGUGGGAAGGCGAGGCGGCCCUCCCCCACAACCUGCUGUUUGCACCCCUCCAGCGCCCCCCAAGGUCAUCGCGACUUUCCCAGAACUCCCCUGGAUUGUAUUUAUGUCCUUCAAGCGCACGAAUUGAGAAAGCCGUCAGGAAGGAAUUCAGACAGAAAGAAACGUGCUGGAGAGACACAUCUUUCUUCCCCAGGAAAUAUAAUUUAUUUCUAACUGCCUCCUCACACGUGGGUCUCACAUUGUGAAGUCGUGUCUCGGAGUCAUUUUCACCCUCAUCCUUCACCAAAAAAGCUACAUAAGGGCCUUUGGCAUGAGACUCGCCUUUUCCUCUCUCAGCCGUUAGUCAGCCGUGCUUCUUUGGACCAGCCCCCGCCCCCCAGUGACUGCCCUCAGGAAGCCUGGUGGUUGGUGGGCCUUCAGGUGUGGGCGGGGUCGCCGAUACGCACCCGGCUGGCUGAGAAGGGCGUGGUCUGCCCCCUGCCCUGCCCAGCGCGACACAGCUUCUUUGCUCUUUGCGGUUCUGGUUUCUAAAUCAGGUCUCCCAUCAGUCAAGACCUCAGAUUCCUUCCGGUUAUGCAGAUGAGAGAAGCGGGGAGGGGAGGGGAUUGGUCACUUAGGGUAGAUGCACUUUGAAUCCCGUCACUGCCAGAAAGUCGUUCCAGGACCCCAAGAUGCUGUGACGUCCAAGAGACAAACUUUGCCACUCAGGGUUUGCAGCCCCGUCUGUCUCAGCCACCUAAGACAUUAUUAUCUCCAAACCUCAGAUUUUCUUCCCGUUAGAAAACAAACGCUGUCCUGAAAUAGAUUUUUUUAAAAAUAUGAAUAAAUUCCCUGUCUCAUUUUGGGCGUCUGCUGAUUUUAAACAUAGAGCAAACCCUCUUUUCCAGUUUGGCUGUUGUGGUCUUGGUCCGAGUUGAAAUUAGAGGACGUUUCAUGAGCAGGGGAUUCUGUAAAACAAGAAAGUCUGUUUUUAAUCUGUGAUUUUAUUUUAUUUUUUUUUUUGCAGCCCAUGUUUUAGACAUAUUUCUGUUUCACCUGUGUAAUAGGCACCCUCCCCAAAGCAAGGCGGCCGUGACCGUGAACUUGAAAACCUCUCCUCACCACGUUUCACUUAAGAGUGUGUUGUUUUUUUGUUGACAGCAUUUGGUUUGGGGGUUUUCGCCUCUUUGGUUAAAAUGUCCUUAUCUGAGGCCUUCAUCCCAUCCAAAAAAAAAAAAAAAAAAGGCCUUCGGUGCCAAAGAGAGGGCAGGGUUGGGGCAGGCGUGCCCAGCAGAGACGCAUGGUGGUCCUGAAGGCUGCCCCCAGCCCCGGGACACCCAGCCCCACGCAGGUGCUGCCGGUGCGCAAGGUGAGGCAGGGUGCCCGUGUGAGUGAGAGGCGGGCGUGAGGCUUGUCUUCUAUUGGGUCUGACUGGCGUCUGUCCAGAAGGACCCCCUGAGGGUCUUGGUCAAGAAGUAGGGGAGAGCCUUGCCCGUCCUCGAGCACUUAGGAGUGAUCCAGAUUUCAGGGUCAGUGAGCAUUCCGUGACCUUCGUCUUGAGAUGCAGAUGAAAGAAAGGAACCAAAUGAGAUGCGGGAGGGCUGGGGGACCUUUGGAGUGCGGCAAACCCCAUUGGUACACGCACUCUCUGUUGGGCACAGUUGCCCCCAAAUCGGACCAGGCCCCCAUCUCCCUUCUGCCAGGCGGCACCCACGCCGGCCUGGAAGCUGAUGUCUGAGCAGGUUCAAAUACUCUUGUAAAACGGAGAGAGUGCCCAACCCCUGGAGGCUCACACUCAGCACUGGCUCGUGGAAGUUAAAAGGGGUGUCGGGGGCUGGACGAAGGACGCCCUGGGUCUCCCCAUCCCUCAUGGACGCCUGUGUUAGAAACCCUGAGGGCCCAGCUUCAUACAGAGACCUUGGUGGGCAGCCCAUUGUACUUGGGGGUUCACCUGGCCAUGCGUUGAGCCACCUGGGGAAAAGGCACGUCUCUCUGGGAGGACAGACGCCGGAGCCCGGAGCUGGGGAGGCCGCUGUCACUGGCCACGUGAGCACGUCACGCCCCUCCCAGGCCCGCCCCAGCGUCCCCGCCCCUUCCUCUCCAGGACUAUUAACAGGCGCGCUGAUGGACUCGAGUGGCUAGGCAGAGGGUACCCUUAGAAAGUGCUUUAUGGCCGUUCACGCAUCUUGGUCUUAGAAAUAACGCCUCCUCCAAACGUUGAAAAGCAGCACAGUUUCUCUCCUACAACCGGGUUUUUGCAUCUAAAAUACAGAAAAUUCUUGAGGCUCCUACCCUCGCCCUGGCUUAGCGCCCGAAUUCUGGCGAUGCCGUGCGCCCUUGAUCAAAGGCAUGCGGGCUGGCGGCCCCGGGAGGGCUGGUGUUGGGCCAUGCCAGCCGCUGGCACCACCACGUGGGUCCCAGGGAGCGGCUACCGGCCCCAGACAGACCCCCGCUCUCCUGCCUCUGAGUUGGAACAGGGUUCCCAUCUUGCGGCUGGGUGUGUUACCGAGAAGGAAGCCUGAGCAGGUCAGAGGUGAUGACCAAGAGGCAUUUUGGGGAGGUAACGGGAAGGCCUAGACGCGGCGCAUUCUAGCGCAUUUCUCUCUUUCUGUAAAUAGCCGUGUAUAGAAGAUGGAAGAGUAGCCUGGGGUUUAUCCAGAGAUGGGUUCUUUUGUUGUUGUUGUUUUUUCUUUCGGUUGUUUUUAUAUUACCUCAUUCAGCAAGUUUAUGUUUCACAAUGACUCAAUGAUGCUUUAUUUAUAUUGUUUGUACUGUAAUUAAAACCAUUGACAGACAUUUCACUUUGCUUGUUAUUUCAUAUGAGCUUGUUUUGAUUAAAUAUGCCAGUUUGUAUUUUCUUGCCUUGGGAUUUUUUGUGUCAGCUGUACAGUAUUCUAAGGGGGGAAAAAAAAGAAAAAAGAAAAAUGUGUAAAGUAAUGGAGAGAGGUGGCUAUAGAGUAGAGGCCUCUUUCUAAUAAAGAAAUGGAAAUAUGUCUA